UAAAAGGGAGAUGAGAACCCAGCUACAGAUAGCAGCGGCAACCAACUAACUGUAUGAGGCCAGGAAGAAGCCAUCUGCCGACCCAGGAUAGAGGCCCCAGGAGAAACCAAACCUGUCAACACCUGAUCUUCAACGUCCAGCCUCCGGAACAAAGACAAAACAGAUUUCUGUCGUUUACAACCCCACCCCAGCCUGUUGGAUUUUAUUGUGGCAACCCAAAUUAAUGAAUACACCCUCCUUCCUUCCAUCCCAGCAGGGCUGAAUGGGGAGUGGGGGAAGGGCACUUGGCCUUGGGGACCCAGAUCUGACUACAGUGCAGGGCCUGGAAUCCUGGCCCAACUGGUCUCUCCACCUGCAGCUUCUCCUCCCCGCCGCUGUGGAUAGCAUUUAUUUAUCCUGAGCACGGGGGUAUUGAUUUCCCACAGAAACACCUGUGGCUCCCCUGCUCCACCUACCUAGCAGGAGCUGAACAAACAUCUUGGCUGGGCACCCAGCGAGCUUUCAGUUAUGGCCUAAGUCAGGGUUUCUCAGACAUUCGCGCCCAGAAGAAUUGCCUGAAGGGCCAAUUCUUGAACUUCACCCCCAAAAGCCCUCUUCAGUAGGUCCGGGGUGGAGGCCCCACAAUUCACCUUCCCGGCAGACUUCUAGGUGAGGAGAUCUGGUGAAGUAGCCCCGCCAGAUCCCUCAGCCCAGGCCCCGGACUCGCUCUCCCCCGUGCCAGGAACUACUUACUCUUCUGCACCCCGUGCACUUGACAUUCUGUCUACCCUGGUCCUGCCAGGAACUCCCUGCUGCCAAGUCUGACCCCAUGGUUAGAUCAGGAAACCUCCCAAGUUAGGCUAAAGUUGAGAAGUUAUGCUAUUUUUAAAGGGGAAGCUUUACUGGAAUCUGUACCAGGCCUGGAGGCCUCUCCUAAAACACAGCUAUCUAAGCCCAGGCUCAAACACAAGGAAGGCCCUGCCACGGUCACCCUCUUGACCCACGGGUGACCGAAGUGGGGGAGGGGUUCUGGGAGAAGAAAUGACUUGUGGAUGGACACAGAGCAGAGGCUGUGUUCCCAACUAGCCCAGGCUGCUCUAUCCGAGCCCAAGAGAACCCUCCUCUCCCUGCCCUUUACUCACUCCACUUUCUUGUGACCCCAGCUGGUCCCUGGCAUUUGCAGCUAAUGAUGAAAUGGUCUCAAGGGACCCUACAGCUUGAAAGAAAAGGAGUCGGGAACGAGAAAGGAAUGAGAGCAGGCGGAGCCAGGAAGCUGGGGGCGGGGCCUCUCGAGGAACCUGCACACGUGUACCACCUCCGUUCCUUCCUCUGAGGCGCUGUAGACCCUGGUGAGCCCUCGCUGAAAUGAGCCAGCCCCAGGCUUCCCUUUGAAAUGGCCAAGUGCUUCCGACACAGAUGGCUUAGUUAGCUGGUCCGUGAGUCAGUGCUCGCUACCCGCCCCUGGACACGGAGUUUGGGCUAGCAGACCGGGUCCAGCCAAAGCUGCUGCUGUGUACCACCAGGGCAGGGGACGGAGGGGUGGGGUGCGCUGAUGCGAGCCCUAGAGGUGGGCCACUGCCCUUUCCAGGUCUGUUCCAAGAAGCAUUAGGAUUCCACAGGGAACAGGUGAGACUAAGAGCUUGCGCAGCUGUUGCAGAGGCUGAAGACCCUGCCUGGGGAAAGGUGCGUUAAUUCAGUGGGGGACGCAGCUUCUGGAAUCAAGAUCGGCAGCUGGGGUGGAGUUGCCCUGCCUGCUCCCAUGUCAGCUGAUGAACACCUGGACCCGAUUCCUGACAGCUUCAUCCUGCAGCCGCCGGUCUUCCACCCGGUGGUUCCCUAUGUCACAACGAUUUUUGGUGGCCUGUAUGCAGGCAAGAUGGUCAUGCUGCAGGGUGUGGUCCCCCUACGUGCACGGAGGUUUCAGGUGGACUUCCAGUGCGGGUGCUGCCUGCAUCCUCGGCCAGAUAUUGCCUUCCACUUCAACCCUCGCCUCUACACCGUCAAACCCCACGUCAUCUGCAACACCCUCCAAGGCGGACUCUGGCAAAAAGAGGUCCGGUGGCCCGGUGUCGCCCUGCAGAGAGGCGCGAGCUUCCUCAUCCUCUUUCUCUUUGAGAACGAAGAGGUGAAGGUGAGUGUAAAUGGACAACAUUUUCUUCACUACCGCUACCGGCUCCCACUGUCACGUGUGGACACCCUGGGCAUAUUUGGUGACAUUUUGGUGAAGGCUGUUGGAUUCCUGAAUACCAAUCCAUUUGUGGAGGGUAACAGAGAGUAUCCAGUUGGCUAUCCCUUCCUGCUGUCUAGCCCCAGGCUGGAGGUGCCCUGCUCACGCACUCUUCCUCGGGGUCUCUGGCCCGGGCAAGUCAUUGUAGUUCGAGGAUUGGUCUUACAAGAGCCGAAAGAUUUCACCCUGAGCCUGAGGGAUGGGGCCACCCAUGUUCCUGUGACACUCAGAGCUUCCUUCACAGACAGAACACUGGCCUGGGUCUCCUCCUGGGGACGAAAGAAGCUGAUCUCAGCCCCCUUCCUCUUUUACCCCCAGCGUUUCUUUGAGGUACUGCUCCUGUGCCAGGAGGGAGGGCUGAAGCUGGCACUCAAUGGGCAGGGGCUGGGGGCCACCAGCCUGGACCAGAAAGCCCUGGAGCAGCUACGGGAGCUCAGGAUCAGUGGAAGUGUCCAUCUCUACUGUGUCCACUACUAAGGAGGGCCCCAAGGGCACCCCAAUCAGAGAAGAGGAAGGGCAGCUACAGCCAGGGCUCCACAGUACAGCCUCACCCUGCCGUCCUCACUGGACCACUGACCUGUCAUCACUGUGCAGGCCUAGUUCACAUCACAAGCUCGAGUCUGCAAGAGCAUCAGGGCCCCAUGGCUAGCGAAGGCUUACAGCUCUGUGCCUCCUCUAUCAGGAGCUUGGUGGCUCUAUCUUCCUAGACUAUACUCAGGGGGGACAAAUGUUAUAACCUCACAAAGACACACACGCGCACACACACUUAUUGCAUUUUAAUCAAUUCUGAAAACAAGGGCCCAGGUCAGUGUGGUGUCUCUGCACUCCUCUUCAGCAUCCAAACUCUGUCUUGGCCCUCAUUCCACCACUCCAUGGGGCCAUGUGGCUGAAACCCUAUCCUGGCCCAGCCACUGAGAAGGCAAAUAGAGUAUGAGAAGAUGAGCCCCAGGCCUAUGAUCAACACAUACCGUCUACACUCACAUUUCCAUCUAUACUUGAAGUCUUUGCCCAAAGUGACAAACACCACAGUUGCUUGCAUAGUUUUGGCCAAAGCAAAAUAGCCACAUCCCAGAAAAACACACUGAUAAUGGGACCACAUUUUAGGUACCCAACCAUGUAAACAACAGUAAUCUCUCCUAAGAUUAUAAUAUAGUCUAGGUGGGUCAGAGACAAUGCCAUCUAUGUUUGUAUAAUAUACUCCGUGAUGUUCACACAGUGGCAAGAUGGUCGAAUGAUGAAUUUCUCAGAAUUUCUCCCUGUCAUAAAAUGAUACAUGACUGUAUUUAGCAGAGCAAGUAGACCAGGAAAAAAAGGAAGACUGUGGAGGGUUUGAUUUGGUCUACUCCUGGAAGUAAAAUCUGGGUUCACCUCAGAGUGGACUUCCAACUUGAUCUCUUGGAAAUGUUUCUGUAAUCCCAUCUGCAUGCCCAUAGCUGUAUCAAGUCACUGGGUGGAGGAUGCUGAUGAAGGAUUCGCCAUUUAUAACUUUAUACUCUAAGCAGAGAGCCAUUUUCUUCCCUCAUCCAUGUACCAAGAUUGAGCAUACAUCUAUCAUGAAAAAAAAAAAAAACUCAAUAAAUACCAGGGGGAGGAGCUUUUACUGCCAAUGUGCCUUUAUCAUAAUCCAGGGAAACUAGAAGUCGGAGAAAAAGAUGGCUGGAAGAUAACUCUUAGACACCAAGGCCCUGGAUUCUGGGAAGAAUCUGGGUCAAAGAAGAGAUGGCAGGUUGGUAGGUUGAGGUAGAGAGUGUGCAGCUUUCAUGGCAAAAAACAAAGGGAGGGCAACAAGCCACUUAGCCAGGAGCAAAGCCUGUGGCUGCUUACAUACCUUGACGGCUUUCUUACAGCUUUAAAGUAGACCCUAAAACUCUGUAGAGAAUUUCUUUAUUCUCCAUACAACUUUUCCUCAACUUUCCUCAGCCCUUUAUUAUAUACCACGGUAUUUUUUUUUAAUAAACUUAUUAAGGCCUGAAGAGAUGGCUCAGCAAUAAAGAGCACUAGCUGCUUCUCCAGUGGACCCGGGUACAAUUCUCAGCAUCCACAUGGCA